AUGUCGUCGCCCGAAGCCACUAAGGAAAUCAUUUUCAAUAACUUGGAGGGUUUGAAGCAGGCUUGGGACAACAGCGAAAGCAUCCGCACCCGCCUUCGCCAGUUCCAGCGGCUACUUGUAGACAGAAGGAAGGGCUUUGAGGAAGAAGCACCUGCAGGAGCUGUUGCCAAGACGAAUGAGAAUGCCCGAGCCAACGAGGAAGUCUUGAGGCCUCUCCUGAAGAAGGUGGCCGUGGCAGGCCUCAAUGCAGUGCCAUGCAUUGACGCACUCCAGGAUGAAAUUCUGAAGAUGCACAAGGCCAAUGGUUUUGCGCCGACCGCCUCAGUUGUCAGCGAUGAAGCCUGGUCCUUUAGAUACUUGCUGAGUCUUGUGAAGGGCCUCACCUACAAAGAGAAGCCUCCCAAGGAUGACAUUUUCAAGUCUAUGCUGACAGACCUGGGCGUUGACGUUGCAAACUGGAAGCCGGCCAUGAAGAAACAGCCGCGCCAGGAGCCCGAGAACUCUGACAAGACGGAGAAAUUGGCUCCUGCAGUUGCGCCAGCGGCAAAGUUAGAAGGAAAUCAUGUUGUGUCCAAGGAAGCAGCACCGGCUGCUAGGGAGUCUGCGAGCGUCUGUGGUCCUCUGCCGGCUUCAGACAUUGGUCAUUUGACUGCAAUGGUUGGGCCUUGCGAUGCUCAGGCACAAAAGGGGCUUCCACCUUCGAUGCUCCAGCUGGCUUUGAAGCGGCAAUAUAUCCUGCAGAUGUUGAAGCAGAAGGCAGAAGGGGCGAAAUCUGAAGACCUGGCAUCUUCGUUGGUCGGCAAAAGCUCCUCCAGUUCCUCUUUGGGUUCUGACAUGGAUUUGCUGCAGACUCUCCCGUUGGAAAUGGCUCCCGACAUGUUGUCCGCGAACAAAGAAACCUGUCCAAAAGCCACUGCUGAGCAGAAGGCUGAAGGCAUGCCAAUUGAAACUGUGGCUAGGCCGUUGGUUGGCGUGGACAAAGCUCCUGUGCUGGCAGCAGCUGCUGCAGAGUUGGUGAAGGAUGCCCAGCAGCCUUCGAACCCAGAUGUGUCUGAAGAGUUCCGGCGAAAGCAGCUCAACAUGCGUUUGUCGGAAAAAGAGCAUCAGGAAGCUGAAAGGGCUGCCGCCAAAGAGGCGAAGAAAUCCAUGCCGAAGGCAGAGCCAAAGCGGAGAGGCAGGCCUCGCAAGACUGAUGACGAGCCUGCAUGUGAGAAAGCUAAGAAGCCCAGAAGCAAGAGCAAGGCCACGGCAGCUCCUGCUAAAGGCACUUCGGAGGACAAGCCGGUGGCCGAGACAUGUGUGGUUGAGAGCCAGGGCCGCAGGAAGAAGCGUGAGGUUGCGGAAGCCGUGGCAGCCACCUCACCUGCGCCUGCUGCUGAAGCUGUCUCUGCCCCGGUCAAGAGAAGCAGGCGUGCCAACAAAGGCGACUCAAGCCCAGACGUGGACCAAACCCUUGUGCCUGAGAUUCUGAAAGUCAUGGACCGCUUCAAGCGUCAGAACUACGACAAGGAGAAGGACACCUGGCACGAGCAGCCGGACACACCUUGGAUCCGUUCAGUUGUGUACUGGACUCGCGAUGCUGUGGGUGUGAAAGUCCAAACGCCGACUGGGUGGUCUCAGAAGUUCUAUUUCUCCAGGAAGUUCAUCACCAUCGCGGUGAACAUCUGGCUUGCCAACAAGAUGAUUGAUUUUCUUAAAGGGCACGAUGCUUCCUUUGCAGAUUCACCAGAGGCUGUCCAGCACUACUAUAUGCUCUUGCUUACCGCAGCCGCUGCCCAUGACCGCUAUGAACAGCUGAGAGCUUCGGUGCCGUCUGAAUAG